GGCGUUGAAUUUUUCCGCCACAUAAGCGCAAAUCAGUUGCGGUAACUGGUAAAUUCAGUAGAGUGGACUGUGUGCAUGUCUGUUUUGGAAAAAUGGAAUUCACAAUUCGUGCUGCUACGCCAGAGGACUGUAAAGAUAUAUCUCGAAUGAUUAUGGAACUCGCCAUAUAUGAGAAAAUGCCGGACCAAGUGAAGAUUUCACAUAAAGAGUUGGAACAGGAUGGAUUCUCUGAAAACCCCUUCUUUCGUUGCCUCAUAGCAGAGGUCCCAGAGGAACACAAGAACAAAGAAGGACAUACCAAGGUGGGAUAUGCCCUGUACUUUUACACUUACAGCACAUGGAAGGGGCGCACAGUGUAUUUGGAGGACCUUUAUGUAAUGCCAGAAUUCAGAGGAAAGGGCAUUGGCAAGGCACUGAUUAGUAAGGUAGCCCAGGUGUGUAAGGAGCAGCAGUGUGUGCGCCUGCAGUUGGCAGUGCUGGACUGGAACACACCAUCCCUGGACUUUUACCUUGCCAAGGGUGCGCAGGACCUGACGGCCAGUGAGGGCUGGCACUUCAUCCGAUUUGACGGGGAAGCACUCGACAAACUAGCACAAGAAGCACCCAAAAAUGAACAGCUCUGAGCAUCUC